GCGCGGUGGAGCGAGGGGAGGGAGGUAAACAAGAUGGCAGCAGCCUUGAAACAGCAGCGGCUGUGAGGAACAAAUGUGAGAAAAUAAGGGUUUUAGGAGCAGAAACGGAGCAGAAGCGUGAGUCUCCGUCCCUCGUCGAGUCGUGCCGGUGAUCACAGCCUCAGGUCGGUAUUUUGCAUCUUGGUCAUGGAUUUCCCGUAAUGCCGAAGUGAAGUCGGUAAUCCUCACCAAAGAGAGCGUUCACGUGCUUCCGGAGAGGAUGCGAGGUUUCCUGCUUUUCUGCGACUGAAGUUCUGGUUUUACGUGUUUCUGCAGAGAUGUGCAGAGCUCCGGUGAUCCCCAGCGUCGGCUAGUAAAGCCUCGGGACACCAGCGGAUUGUUUUAGGUUAUUGUUCGGAUCUGUUCGCGAUGCUUCCGCUGCGGUUUAUCAGUUGACUAAUCAUCGCAAUCUGAACUGCUCCUCCGUUGCUUCGGAAUACGAAUAUUCCCGUCGGGCGUUUGGGAAAGAGCGAGAGGCCCGGGAAGAUGAGUUUAGGUGGAGAGCUCCAGCACCUGGACUACCUGACGGAGAGCGAGCUCAUGGGGAUGGACACCUUCAUCCACCGCAUCGACUCCACCGAGGUCAUCUACCAGCCCCGACGCAAGCGCGCCAAGCUGGUCGGGAAGUACCUGAUGGGGGAUCUGCUCGGGGAAGGGUCCUACGGGAAGGUCAAGGAGCUGCUGCUGGACUCGGAGACUCUGUGUCGCAGAGCCGUGAAGAUCCUGAAGAAGAAGAAACUGAGGAGGAUUCCCAACGGAGAGGCCAAUGUGAAAAAGGAGAUUCAGCUGCUGAGACGACUGCAGCACAAAAACAUCAUCCAGCUGGUGGAUGUGCUGUACAACGAAGAGAAGCAGAAAAUGUAUAUGGUGAUGGAGUAUUGUGUCUGUGGAAUGCAGGAAAUGUUGGACAGUGUUCCAGAGAAGAGAUUUCCAGUAUUUCAAGCUCACGGGUACUUCUGCCAGCUUCUGGAUGGUCUUGAAUACUUGCACAGCCAGGGAAUAGUACACAAAGAUAUUAAACCAGGGAACUUGCUGCUCACUACAGACGGGGCGCUGAAGAUCUCAGACCUGGGUGUAGCAGAGGCGCUCCACCCGUUUGCAGAGGACGACACGUGUCGGACGAGUCAGGGGUCGCCCGCGUUCCAGCCUCCGGAGAUCGCCAACGGCCUGGACACGUUUUCAGGGUUCAAGGUGGACAUCUGGUCUGCUGGGGUCACACUAUACAACAUAACCACGAGCCUGUACCCGUUUGAAGGGGACAACAUCUAUAAGCUAUUCGAGAACAUUGGGAAGGGUGACUACACGAUUCCUGAGGACUGCGGCCCGCUGCUCUCGGACCUGCUGAGAGGGAUGCUGGAAUAUGAUCCUGUCAAGAGGUUUUCAAUACAGCGCAUCAGACAGCACAACUGGGUGCGUAAGAAACACCCGCCCUCGGAGCUUCCCGUGCCCAUCCCGCCCAGCGCGGAGAUGCGUGACCCCUGGCGGAGCAUGACGGUGGUGCCGUACCUGGAGGAUCUCCACGGUUACGCUGAGGAGGAGGAGGACGACGAGCUCUUCGAUGGGGAGGAUGACAUCAUAUACACUCAGGACUUCACUGUACCAGGGCAGGUUCUGGAGGAUGAGGAGGAUGAGGAAGAGCGCGCUCCGGAGCGCACCUGUGCCGUGGCCAAACCGGUGUGUGUGAACGGGACGGAGUCGGCUGCACUCAAGCCCAAAACAGAGCGGCGCUCCAGCUCUUCCUCCAAUCCCUCCAGGAAGGGCAUCUCCGCCGCCAGCAAGAUCCGCAAGCUCUCCACCUGCAAGCAGCAAUGACCCGCUGCACACCUGCUCCUCUGUACAGGUUUAUGUUGUUGUUUCCCAGCAGUCAGUACUGAACGCUGUUCCCGACGCACACUUUGCCGUGAUGAUGAUGAUGAUGAUGAUGAUGAACUAAACACACAGUGCCAGGACUUUAUCUGGGACGGACCGACUUGACUUGAGAAGAUGUUUCCCACAGGAUCAUCCAUUCGGUUUCUCUCGAUCGUCUGACCCAGCUUCCUUUAGUUUUAGACCGUCUUUUAAUUGUACAGUCAUUCACUGCAGUUAAAGAUGCAGAUGGUUUGAUGUAAAGAGUGACACGCAGAGAUCAGUUCUUGUAGAGGAGGAUUAUAGCGAUGUUAAAACUAAACUGCAUGCUGUGACGCACUGGAGAGGACAGCGGACGGAGAGAUGCUCGCGGUUCAUUUCCCAUUUUGGUUUGUUUUUCCCCAUAAAUAUUUUUUAAGUAUUAUUUAUAUAAAAUACAUCCCAACUGAA